GCUCUGGAGGUCUCCUUCAAGAUAUAUGCUCCUCUGUAUCUGAUUGCAGCCAUUUUAAGGAGGAGGAAAAAGGAUUAUUACAAGAAAAGGCUGCUUCCCGAGAUCCUGCAAUCCACGUCUUUCCUGACUGCAAAUGGAGGCCUCUACAUUGCGUUUUACUGCAUUCUCCGUUUGCAUUCAUUGUGUGUGUGUGUUGUCCCCUUUAGAUGCAAACAUGGACCCAGGCAUAGAUGUUGCAAACACUAUCAAGACAACUGCAUCUCCUACUGUGUUAAAGGUUUCAUCCGAAUGUUCAGCGUGGGUUACCUCAUUCAAUGCUGUUUGAAGGUUCCAUCAGUGUUCAGACAGGCCUUUACAAAACCCUCUCGACUGCUCUGGCUGCUCUACAACAAAGAAAACUUCCAGCUAGGAGCUUUCUUGGGAUCUUUUGUCAGUAUAUACAAGGGCACAAGCUGUUUACUGAGAUGGAUGCGUAACCUGGACGACGAGCUCCAUGCUCUCAUAGCAGGUUUUCUUGCUGGCACCUCAAUGUUCUUUUACAGGAGCACCUCCAUCUCCAUGUACCUCUUCUCCAAACUGGUGGAGGUAAUGAUUCUUUGCUAAA